CAACCAAAGUUAGCAGUUUAUCUCUAUCGCGCGAAUUCGUAAUUUCGCCCUUCGGCAGGCACCCCUUGACACGUUCGUGCAGCCAGCUGUUAUUUGCCAACUGACUAAGGGUUUUGAUUUCUAGGAAUGGAUCUACUAUUACAGUCGAUAACUAAUAAGCUGAAACAUUUGGAGACACUUGCUACACCAGAAGUGAUAAAAUACGUUGAACAAUGUCUUGUGGCACGAAAUCAACAGUUAGAAAGCCGAAUAAAAUCUUUAAAAGAGGCCGUUAUUCAGCAGGAGCUGCUUCUUGGCAUAAAUCAAUAUAAAGCACACGGUUCAUCUUCCGACAAGGUAGUGUGUGAUCGUGUUGUGAGUGGGAGUUUACCGAUGGUUGAUAUAUCCAAGAGUGAAACGCUGCACACAGACCAAACUACGCAACAACAGAAGGAGAAGGAUCUUGUGAAAGUUAAACCUAAGGAAACCAAGAAACCAGAAGAUAAGGCAUCGUCUGCUGAAAAGCCAGUUGAUAUUGGACGUCUGGAUAUGCGUGUUGGUCGAAUUAUUGAUGUCAGUCGACAUCCUGAUGCUGACUCGUUAUAUGUAGAAAAGGUUGAUAUUGGUGGGAAUGAAAUACGUACUGUUGUUAGUGGUUUAGUGAAAUUUGUUCCAAUUGAGCAACUUCAAAAUCGAAUGGGAAUAUUUAUGUGCAAUCUUAAACCAGCCAAAAUGCGGGGUGUUGAAUCUCAAGCAAUGUUGAUGUGUGCAAGUGCUCCUGAUACUUGUGGAGUUGAACCUCUCAUGGUUGAAGGUCAAAAUAUUCAACUUGGAGAUGCAGUUGUAGUCCCUGGUUUUACUCACGAUCCUGAUGAACAGUUGAACCCAAAAAAGAAAAUUUUUGAACAGGUUAAACCAGAUCUCAGAGUGAACAAUGAAGGAAUCGCUAUGUAUAAAGGUGUUCCAUGGACACUGAAAAAUGCUUCCGGUGCUGUAAUCAAAUCGUUCAACAUUAAAGACGCACAGAUAGCGUAAUUUUUGUUCAUAUUUCUUGUUGGUGAAAAUGUGUUAGUAAAUUUUUCUCACAUCU